AGUCGAAAUCUGAAUUAGCUAUUUUUCGAGUCGGAUUUGGAUCGAAUCGGUCGAGUCAAGUUAUGACAUCUCCUAAUGUUCAAUACAUAUUGGUUUAAUGGUUAGCCAACUAGUGUAUUGAUCUUUUGCUGGCUAAUUAUUCAAAUUUCGGUUUCAUUAUCAAUUGAAACAAAUUAAUUUUCAAUUACAUAUAAACAACUUGUUUUUGUUAUAGUUAAAUUGAAUUUAACUAAAUUGAUUGACAUAGGAGUAAUUUCAAUUAAUGGAAGAAGAGAGGAUGUCAAGCACAAUGACUAAAGCAGAAGCCUCAGAUUCAAACAGCUCCAAUUCUCAACCAAAAAGGCCCAACACUGUUAAUAGGCCCAACACUGUUGAUAGGCCCAACAGGCAACAUGGUGGCUCUUCUAAAUACAAGGGUGUUGUAUAUCAACAAAAUGGUCAUUGGGGAGCACAAAUCUAUGCCAACCACCACAGGAUUUGGUUGGGCACCUUCAAAACCGAGGCGACUGCCGCUGCUGCCUAUGAUAGCGCCGCCAUUAAGCUACGACACGGGAACUCCGGUGAUGCCCAUCGAAACUUCCCAUGGACUGCUCUUACUAUAUAUGAGCCCAAUUUUCAAGCCCACUAUAGUACUGAUCAAGUGCUAAACAUGAUCAAAGAUGGGUCUUACCAAACUAAAUUUGGUGAGUAUUUGUCAUCCAUUUCCCAAGUGAGCAAUGUCCAAACAAGUAAUAAUCAUAAUAGCAUGAACAAGCAAGAAGGGUACUAUUGUCAAGAACUCUUUAGGAAGGAAUUGACCCCAAGCGACGUUGGAAAGCUCAAUAGGCUUGUUAUUCCAAAAAGGUACGCUAUAAAGUAUUUUCCCGUUAAAGAUAAUAAUGGGAGGAAAUUUGGUGUAUGUGAAGGUGAAGAAGAGGGCGGCGAUCAAGGAGGAGACAUGGAGUUGAUAUUCUAUGACAAUACAAUGAAGAGUUGGAAUUUUCGGUAUUGUUAUUGGAAGAGUAGCCAAAGUUUUGUGUUUACUAGAGGGUGGAACAAGUUUGUAAGGGUGAAGGAAUUAGAGGCUAAAGAUAUUGUGACUUUUUAUACGUGUGAGUUUAGAGAAAAUGAGGCUAAUGAUGUGAAGAAAUUUUGGAUGAUUGAGGUUGUGAAAUGUAACAAAGAAAAUGUUGAAAAUGUAGCAAAGAAUAAUAAUGUAGUUGACAAGGAGAAAGGAAUUUUGCAUGGAAGUGAGUUAUCAUUGGUUCAAGGCGAAGCAGUUGAGACCAAGAAAAAUAAGGGGUUGAAGUUAUUUGGUGUUCAACUUGUGCCUGCUAGUUGUGAUGAAGAUACUAGUAACCAAUAA